AUUAGCGACAAUUCACAGUUAUCAUCACAUAGAUGCUCACAAUCGUAUAUAGCAAAGCUCACUCAAUUAUUCUUUUUUUUUUUUCGAAUACUGCAUUGUAUACUAGACUGAAGCAAACAGAAGAUAAAGCACUAUGGCCAAUGAUUCUGGUAACGCUCCAUCAUCUGGAGACGGAGCUGAGAAGACUCAGACCAUGGAUCCAAUUGAGUCAAUACCCGUCAAUUCUUCCGAAAAUGAUGUCGAUUUCAAAGCUGGGAAGCGGGAGCUUCUGAUCCUCGGGACAAUGACUGCUCUUAAUGUCAUUCUUUCCCUAGAUGCCACAGUCCUCCCCCCUGUAUUGCCAACACUUGCAAAAGACUUGAAUGGUACCACCAUCGAAACAUUCUGGACGGGUAGCUCGUAUCUCCUGGCCAACGCCGUCUUCGUACCGUUCCUCGGAGCUGUAUCAGACCUUUUCGGUCGACGGGCGGUAUUGCUCUUUUCUCUCAUUAUGUUCACUGUCGGGACAAUCAUAUCGUGCCUUGCAACCAACUUUACCGAGCUAUUGUGUGGGCGUACUAUUCAAGGCAUAGGUGGAGGUGGCAUUUACACGCUAUCGUACAUCGUUGUUUCCGAUAUUAUCCCCCUUCGCCAGCGACCCAAGUACAUAUCUUUUAUUCUAUCAGGCUGGGCUCUCGGCACCAUCGUCGGACCUAUCACAGGGGGCCUUGUCGCUGAACAUGCUCAGUGGCAGUGGAUUUUCUACAUCAACUUUCCAUUUUGCUUCCUCGGUCUCCUGGUGUUGCCAUUUGCCUUCCGAGAUCUGAAGCUGCAGAACCAACCGACUUUCCUCACUGCUUUAUCUCGCGUGGACUGGAUUGGAAGCAUUCUCUUCAUCGCUGGCACUUCGAGCAUUUUAAUUGGUCUGACUUGGGGCGGCGUUCAGUACGAAUGGAGCUCAUAUCAGACGUGGCUACCUAUUCUUCUCGGUGGGAUUACCACAGUUUGCUCAGUCGUAUAUGAGUGCUAUAUUCCGGCCAAGCCAUUUAUCCAUUUAUCAGUAUGGGGAAAUAUAUCAGCCUGCCUAGUCUUUCUACUGGGACUCUUUGCCGGGUUUACGCUCUACUCGCACCUCUACUACCUCCCCUUCUACCUGAUCUCCGUUAAGGGCUUGAGCACCACACUGACCGGUGUUUACAUUAUGGCGACAACGGCGCUCAUCGUGCCGAUAAGUAUAAUUUCGGGUCGACUAAUGGCGCGCUUUGGCUCUUUUCUCUGGUCGAUAUGGCUCGGGUUCGCCUGUCUCAUCGUGUCUAACGGUGUCCUGCUCCUGAUGAACCAGUACCGCAGCCUUGUCGCGCAUUUAUUCUUGAUUUUAACCAUUUCACUCGGACAUGGAUUUACCUUGUUGUCACCCAACAUAGCCAUACAGGCCAUAGCACCUGCACGCGAUGUGGCCUAUGCCGUCUCUAUGUACGUAUUUGUACGUCAAUUCGGAAUUUGUCUCGGCGUAGCUGUCGGUGGGACAGUCUUCGACAAUGUAUUACUACGUGCCCUGGAGCGAGCCGGAUUCUCACACGAAGUUGCCCUUGCUACUGCACGCAACGCGUCAGCGUUUUCAGGUCAAUUGAACGCCAUGUCUAACGGGCCUCAGAAGACGGCUUUCCUGAACGCCUUUGUCGAAGCUUUCCACGGCGUUUUAUACCUCCUGUUAGCCCUGGCUGCUUUCUCACUCGUUUUAUCCUUAUUUGUCAAGCAUCAUGAUAUGAACAAGCAGCUGGAAUCAGACCAUCAGCUAGAGGGGGGAAUUCCUACAAACCCAGCUUAAGGACUUCGUAUUGGGAAAUAUAGCUGGUCGCCCGUUCUUUCGUAUAAUGAUAUUAGAAUAUCUCUAAUACUAUUCUUUGGUAGCUAGUCUUCGAAACAUAUGUCUCCGUCUUAAUCCACAACUUACAUCGAAAAUGUUAUCAAAAGGCUAUAACAUUCUGGCUCAGACUGAUCUACUCUGGACACUUGGCCCAGCUCGAUUUUCUAGAGGCUCUACUAGGUAUUGACUGCCUGGGUGCAAUUUUUAGGUACCUUAGUUAGUUAGUAGGUACCUAUCUAGGUUAGUAUCUAGUUGGUUUUUUUCUCUUGCAAGUUUCAAUAAUUGAGGCUCGAACUACCUCCACUAAGCAUCGAUUUGUUUCAAGUGAGUACCUUUCAACUAAGACAACUGCAGUCUAAUGUGACCAAUGAGUUAAUAGAUAAUACUGAAUCGGCGACGUGAUGGAUGUGACUGGACCCCAACUUAUAGAUACGGUUGGUUGAAAUAGAGUUCGUACAUGAAG